AUGAGCGACGACGAGCCCCAGCUUGUGCGACCGAUUCCCCGUCGACCAUUCAACCUAAAUUUCACGAGUGCGACACCCCCCGACGAUGACCUUGCGGAUCACGAUGAGCCUUCUCAGGAUAGCUUUGGUUCCGGCCUUGACUUUUCAAGCUCGAGAUUCUUGCACCCAAGCUUUGACCGGUCCGAAUCUACAGCAUCGCUCAGCCGCCCGCAGUCCCUCCUGAAUUUGACUUCAUCGACCUUGAUGGGAAUAUAUUCAGAGGCAGCGUCCAACACUAGAGAUCGCCUCUUCAAUGGUUACGAUGAGUCAGAUACGCCAUGGGGGACUGGUGCACGUACUCCUAUCAGACGUCCCAGCAUCGACGAAGCGACUUACGAGCUGAUGCGCGACCGCUCCCACGUUCCCAGGCGAAUAUCUUCUUUUGGGCCCUAUGCGCAGGUUGAACAGGCUGUAUCGCAUUCCGCUCUUGGCUCCGUUACGUCCCUCACACUUCGUGGCACGCUGUUGUUUGUACUCGGCUUGGGCUACGGCGCCCUCGUCACGCGUCUCCACAACGAGCAGAACCAAUUGCCCCCGAUGCCUGACGACAGCAUUCUAAAACCCGGAAAUAAUUGGAAAUACCUCACCUUCUGGGGUGUAGCUGGCAUUGGAUUGGGCUCCUUACUGCCAUGGUUCGACAAGCUGUGGGAGGACACCUUUGGCAACGAAGGCGACGACAGUGUUGUUGACAAAGGAGCUAGCCCGGGCACGGACUGGGCUUUAGUAAUGCGAGCUAUUGGCGCAUUUGUUGGCAUCAUUUUUGCCAUUCGCAAGCUAGCAUGGGUAUCUACCCUUCAAGUGUCAGCGACACUGGCAUUGGUCAACCCCCUUUUAUGGUGGCUCAUAGAUCGCAGUAAGCCUGGAUUCGUGCUGUCUGCUGCAGUUGGCUUGACCGGCUCGAUUCUCCUUCUCGGUGUUGAUCCUGAGAUAAUGCCUGCGCCAUCAGGAUUGCCUAGCCGUAAUUCUUCAAAUCCUUUUAACAGCGACCCCCUUGCAUUGGGUGGCUUAGCCACGCAAGAAACGGUUGAAACGGGGGUGUGGAUGCUCAGCGUGCUAUUCUGCAGCUGCCUCUGCUUUGGCAAUAUUGGUCGCAGGCUGACGUGGAACAGAUCGAGCGGAAGAUGGGGCGGAAUCCGAUAG